AUGUCGUGGAUAAACGAGUCACCAUGCCUGAAUGCUGAUACGGUCAAUAUUUAUAUCAACACAACCGGGUCCGAGUUUGUCAAAGGACAAUACCAAACAACUGUUAUGGGUGAUGGAAAAGUCGUCAUCAAUACAACCAAUAAACCAACUGCUCAGCCCUCCAUUACCCCAAAAACCACUGCAGUUCAACCCACCGAAAAGCAAACAACCGCUAAUAUCACAAAGUGCAUUUACGACCUUUCGGAAGCUAUCAAGCGCAUGCGCGCACUUGACGAAAGGACAUCUAAGAUGAUUGCGGACAAACUUGCACAAUGCAAACAAUACAACGCUCAAAUACCAGCCAACGUUACGAUUUGA